AUUUUCUGAUUACCACCAGGUACAAUUGUCCACUAAACACGUUAGUGUCAACGCUUCGUUUACUCUACUUCUGGAUUAUACAUGUUUCGUCGUUUCUCCUACGGUCGUAGGCUCUACGUGUUCCUAAUCGAUUUCGUUCUUUUUUGCUACGUAAUACACGUGUGAUACGUUUCGUUUACAUUUACGCGACUCGAUCGACAUCGUGUGUGCCUUUGCUAACUCGAGUAAGCGUCACUGUCUCUCGUCCCAGUUACGCGUGGUUUUACUGUAUCGCGAUUCCCUCUUUAAUAUUUCGUGUACGCCGAUUACUUGCAAACACAGUUAUCCAGGAUGCAAAUAGAGCGCAACAAGCAGACAAAGAGCAUGUUUUCGAUCUACUAGACUCUAGUUCGCGAGACACGUGCAAUCGUAAUAAUAAUCAAUGCCAAGGUCUCGAACUUUCUGCAGUUCGCUUUAUACGCCACGUACUCUUCACCUAUAGUUGGCUGAUCGUCGCAUCGUUUGCCGGAACAAAUUCACCAGUUCGUCGAGGAAUAUCAACGUUACCGUCUUCGUUUUCCUUCAUAUUCCACACUUCCGAAAACAACAACGACUGAGAGCGACGAAACUUUCCGAGGAUGUAGUUGCAUGCGCUCGAUUACGUACACGCCUAAACAGUCUUCUCCAAAGGGAAGUCCAAAGAAAAAUUAUCCACGUGAUAAAUGCAAACUUCGAUUGCUAUGAUCGAUAACGUACAGGUUCUACAGACGUUAACGAUUUACACCAGCGACGUGACCAGCGUCGAUUUUGCUGGCGAUUGCUUGUUGGUUACCGGAUCAGGCGACAAACGAGUCAGGGUUUGGCAAUGGCGAAUAGGCGAAGGAUACGUUGAAGCCUUCUUUUCUCCCUUGCAAGGGCAUAAAUAUGGAGUCACUUCCGUUAAAGUUAGUCCUCGCUCGACGAUGUUAGCCUCGGCCAGCAUCGACGGUACUACGUUGUUAUGGAAUUUACGGACGGGAUCCAAGAUUCACACUAUGGUUCAAGUAGGCGGCGAAGCGGUAAGAGUUUGUAGAUUUUCACCGGAUUCCACUUUGCUCGCCACUGCCGGGGAUAACGGACAGGUUUGCCUUUGGGAUUUGAUACGACGUACUUUGAUCAGGUCUUUUCAAAAACACGAUGGCGCUAUACAGAGUCUAUGUUUUUCACCCGAUUCCAACUGGUUGAUUACGACUUGUACCUUUGCUGUUCUCAAAUUAUUUUGCACCGCUGAUCUUAUCGAUUCGUGUCUUCCUGACACUGCAGCGUUCGCUUCGGUGAACGAUGCCCACGAUUUAGGCGUCGUCUCUUGCGAUUUUUCACCUUCUCAACGAAUAACAAAUAACGAACCGUUCACGAAAUUGUAUCACUUGGUUACUUGUGGCAACGAUCAUUGCGUUAAACUUUGGCAAAUAAGCGUCGUACAAACGAAAUGCGAAGCUCGACCGUUCGUCGCGACGAUCGAUCUAUGCAGAACGAUGGAGAAACAUAGUAGCGCCUUAACCUGUGUUCGUUUUAGCGCCAACGGAUUAUACGUCGCUAGCAGUGGUCUCGACAAAACUGCGGUAAUUUGGGAAACGAGUUCCGGAAAGGUAGUCGCGAUAACGUCGGAACACAGAAGAUACGUAGCGUGUUGUGCCUUCUCCAAAGAUGGAAAUUUACUGGCUACGGGUUCCAACGACAAAUCUGUUAUCGUGUGGGAUCUUACGGGAAAUUUGACCUUCGAUUCGGAACUUGCGCGACAUUCGGCGCCGGUACUUUUUUCCGACAAUAACGAGCAGAAUGCCGACUACGAGCAAAGCGUAAUGAAAAACGCGGAAACGUCGAUUAACGAUGUACGAUUGAUUAAAAAACUCGACGAACAUGCUGGAGCUGUGAAUAGCGUCGCUUUAUAUGGAAAUCGAUUGAUCGCUUCUGGAUCGGGGGACAAGUUAGUACGCGUUUGGAACAUUGAAAUCGAAGAAGAAGAUUCUGAAAUUAGCAUGAAAUUCCAUGAAAAGUCGUAUAGUCCGCUGGAUGGUCAUAAAUAUAGCAUAAAUCACGUGGAAUUUAGUCCUUGUGGUAAUAUGCUCGCUUCUUGCUCUUUAGACGGCACAGCCAUUAUCUGGAGUACCGAGAACGGAUGUCAAGCGAAAUCUUCUUUCGUAAAUUCUGGAUCCGGUAUUCGUGUUUGUCGAUGGUCACCAGAUGGUACCAAAAUUGCUACGGCUGGUGACGACGAGAUGACAACGUUAUGGGAUAUGAAUACCAUGGAGGAACUUCGCAUUUUCAGGGGCCAUUCCGAUGCGGUGAAUGCUAUCGCUUUUACCCAUGAUUCUCGUUAUUUGGUUACGGCGUGUAACGAAGGUACUUGGAGGUUGUUCGAUGUCAUUGACGAGAAGGGUUGCGCGGCAUUGAUGAUCUGCGAAGGAGCGCAUGAUUUGGGUGUACAAGGAUGUGAUUUUAGUCCGACUUCCGAUUUAAUAACCAUCGGGAAGAAGGCAAAUACGAGUAACGAGAACAAACGGUUUUAUCUGUUAGCGACCGGCGGUAACGAUUCCUUGGUAAAAUUAUGGCAAAUAGCGAUUUCCGACAGCAACGAGAUUACGACGACAGGCAAUGGGAGCGGUGACAGUGAUUUACAUUAUCGAGAAGUAAAGUCGUUGGCCGGACACGGGGGUAAUAUAACUUGCGUGAGAUUUUCUCCGGUUCAAAGUGAAAUUUUAGGAAGUGUUGCUACCGAUAGAACAGCUCGUAUAUGGAGCGUGUACUCCGGAGCUUGUUUGCACGUAUUAGAGGAGCACGAAAGCCUUGUAACUACCUGUGCCUUUUCGGAAGAUACGUCCCUCUUUGUUACAGGUGCUCUGGACAAAACUGUAUUAAUUUGGAAGAUACCUCGACAUUUGAUCUCGCAAAAUAUUUUAAUGGACAACUUAAAGUACAACAGAAAAAAGGUUGCAGAUUGGAGCGUGAGCGAUGUUUUAAAGUGGUUGAACGAAGUAGAUUUAUCGUCGUUAGCGAAAAAAGCCUACGCCGAUUCUUUAACUGGACGGCAAUUACUUAUUUUGUCGGAAGAUGAACUGACGAAUAGAUUACUCGUUGAUCAAAAUGAAAAUAUUAUAGAAACGUUUAAGUCACAGCUCUACUGGUUGAAACGCGAAGAAGAUGGUAAUGUCGUUGAAAUCUCGGCGGACGAUACCGAAAUACCUCAUGAAUUUUUGUGUCCUAUCACCCACGAAAUAAUGAGAGAACCUGUUCGAUGUUCCGACGGAUUUACCUAUGAAAAGGCAGCUAUAAACGAAUGGUUCUUAUGCGGGAAAUAUACCAGUCCCAUGACCAAUGAAUCUCUUCAGGAUACUUCGUUUACGCCGAAUAUCGUGCUUAGAAAUUUAAUAUAUACUUUUCUUCAUGGAAAACGACCACAACUUUAAAAGCAUUUGCUCUUGUUGCGUGUAUUGUACACCAAUUUUUUUUUUAUCCUAAUAUUUAUUUACAUUUUAUCAAUUUAAUACCUGCUGCGUUUGCAUUUGUCGUUGAAUACGAUAAAAUCUUGGUUAUCCGAGGGUUCGAUGAAAAUCGAACCUAUCGCGAAUAAUAGAAGUUUUACGUACUAGCAUUUAGUUAAUAAGAAGUUAUUCGCUCUUCGAUGUUGGUAGAAUUAAAAUAUCAAUGUUACGUAUAUGAUUUGAGAAACAACGAUUAUGACAUAAAUUUUAACAAUAAUACCAUCGUGUAGUGUAAAGUUCAAAAUACCUUGGAUAAUACGGGACUCGAUCGAUGGAGAAUCGGACGAUGGAUACACCGCUACAGUUUUCUUCGAAAUAAUGUUGUUAUAUCUUUGACCUAAUCUAAUCAAGAUUAAUCGAGAUUCCAUCGUACACGAGAACAAAUACGCGAAUACAAACGCGCGUACACCUAACUUUUGCAAAG